UAAAACAUGCACAAUGACUACGCUGAUACGACGCUCACGAACAUUUCCUGCAGCAUCUCAUAAUCCAGACCAAACUCACUCGGAAAGUGGAUACAUUUUUCCCGCUGCUCUACGAGACCUCACCAUUUCCUCAAGUUCUUUUCAGCCAAACAAUUCGCUACAGGAAAUCAGUUCCAGAUCCACCUCUAGCCUACCAUGUCUGAACCAGGUUCUGGUUGUGGUGUUCCAGCCCAGAGAAGCUCCCAACAGGGUCCAGAGUUGCUGUCAGUGAAGCUGGGGGACUGCAGUAAAACAGUGGAACUCAAUGUGAUUGUCAAGGAGGAGGGCGAGGAGAGAGAAAUCAAUGAGGGGGAGGAGGAAGAGCGAGAGGAGGACAGGGACUCUGUUGACUCAGGAGAGAUCCCCAACCCGGACUCAGUCAACAAGCCCAGUUCCACAGCAUCAAGACUACCUGGACAUGGGAGUUAUUCGUGCCCUCAAUGUGAGAAGAGUUUCAGUUCCUCCACUAUUCUAAAGAAUCAUCAAAGAGUACACACUGGAGAAAAACCUUUCCACUGCUCUGCAUGUGGGAAGAGUUUCAGUGAGAAAGUAAACCUUAAGAGACACGAGAGAGUACAUAGCGGAGAGAAGCCUUACCACUGCACCCAAUGCGGGAAGAGCUUCAAUCAUUCUGGAAGCCUUAAGGAACACCAAAGAGUACAUACAGGGGAGAAACCUUACCACUGUGCUCUUUGUAGGAAGCAUUUCAGUCAGCCAGGAAGCCUUAAGAAACACCAGAGAAUUCACACAGGGGAGAAACCUUACCACUGCUCACAGUGUGGAAAGAAUUUUCGUUUCGCAGGAGACCUAAAGAGUCACCAGAGAUCACACAGUGGAGAGAAGCCUUACCACUGUUCUCAGUGUGGCGAGGGAUUCACUCAGCUCAGACGUCUUAAACGUCAUCAGAGGAUACACAUUGGAGGGAAGCCUGUCUGUGUUUUAAAUGUGAUUGUCAAAGAGGAGGAGGUUGAGAGGGAAAUCAAAGAGGAGGAAAAGCGAGAAGUUGAGGAAGAGGACAAUAGUGGUAUAGUUGACCCAGAUACAUCAACAUUACCUGGUUGUAGUCUUUACCCCUGCCAUCAAUGUGGGAAGAGUUUCCGUUCCUCAAGUAAUCUACAGAAUCAUCAAAAAGUACACGCUGGAGAAAAACCUUACCACUGCUCUGAGUGUGGGGAGGGAUUCACUCAGCUACUACGUCUUAAAAGUCAUCAGAUAAUACACAAUGGAGGGAAGCCUGUUUGUCCGUUAAAUGUGAUUGUCAAAGAGGAGGAGGUUGAGAGGGAAAUCAAAGAGGAGGAAAAGCGAGAAGUUGAGGAAAAGGAGGACAAUAGUAGUGUAGUUGACCCAGAUACACCAAGACUGCCUGAUCGUGGUCGUUACCCAUGCCAUCAAUGUGGGAAGAGUUUCCGUUCCUCAAGUAAUCUAAAGAAUCAUCAAAGAGUACACACAGGAGAGAAACCUUACCACUGCUCCCAAUGUGGGAGGGGUUUCAGUGAGAAGGUAAAUCUUAAGAGACAUGGCAAAGUGCAUAGUGGAAAGAAGCCUUAUCACUGCAGCCAAUGUGAGAAGAGCUUUAAUUAUUCAGGAAGCCUUAAGGAACACCAGAGAAUACAUACAGGGGAGAAGCCUUACCACUGCUCUCUAUGUGGUAAGAGUUUCAGUCAGCCAGGAAACCUUAAGAAACAUCAGAGAAUACAUACAGGGGAGAAGCCUUACCACUGCUCUCUUUGCGGUAAGAGUUUCAGUCAGCCAGGAAACCUUAAGAAACAUCAGAGAAUACAUACAGGCGAGAAGCUUUACCACUGCUCUCAUUGUGGGGGAGGUUUCACUCAGCUAAGAAGUCUUAAAAGUCAUGAGAAAAUACACAUUGGAGGGAAGCCGGCCUGUGCUUUCAAUGUGAUUGUCAAGGAGGAGGAGGAGGAGGAAGAAAAGAAAGAAGUUGAAGGAGAGGAGAGUGACGUGAAAUAAAGGUGAAGUGAGAAUAGAUAAGCAACUCUAUAGUUAUUGAAAUUCACACCUCUCCUUGCAAUUGCAUCUUCUGUGACAGCAUGGUCAUGGGCAGCACCAUUUGAGUUUUAAAAAUCAGUAAGGGGUUUUUCCUGCACAACUGUAAAAUCAGACUGUAGCCUUGUCACAGCCAGGUCAGCAGUCGGGGUAAUUCCGUAACGUAAUAGUGUCAUCCGUAUUUAGAUGAGAUCGAGACAAGAUCGUUAACAACUAUAGUGGUUGCUGUAAUAGUGCUAUUCCCAGGCCUAAAGCUUGAUUGGUUUACGUUAACAAUACAUGUCUCAUUGUAAACCAGGUUGUCAGGCUGGGUCUAAGCCUGUGUUCCUGGCCUUGACCCAAGCAUCAUUUAUUUAAUGAAUUAUUUCUGAACAGGAUACCACCUCCUAAUGUGCUACAGUGUGUAUAGUCUGAACAAGAUACCACCUAAUGUGCUACAGUGUGUACAGUCUGAACAGGUACAAAGCCAAGGUUGGUGAUUUACUGCUACCUGCAGUUAUGGAAUGUUAUCUCAGGACUAUAAAUUAAUUGGUUGACUCCUCCUCCUGACCUCCUCCUGACCUGGAUGGAAGUAUACGACCUGGAUAUAGUGCACUACAUUUGACCAUGAUUUUGGAAUGAGAUGUUGGACGAGCAGGUGUCCACGUACACUACAUCGGUUACCACUACAAAAGUAUCUUCCUUUAUCUACUACCAAACAUAGAAACGCGCCAUUUUCACAUAUGCUGAUGUUGGGUUGGUGCUUGAGAUUAUGAAUAUGGCCUCCCGGGUGGCGCAGUGGUUAAGGGCGCUGUACUGCAGCGCCGGCUGUGCCAUCAGAGUCCAUCGCGCCCAGGCUCUGUCGUAACCGGCCG